GAAUGGGCUGAGGCAGCUGUCACUUAACAUGUGAAUGUUUCGAGGGCGGCCCAGGGGUCUUUAGAAAACUCUCCUUUUUUGCCCCCCACCCCAUUUUUCAAGCAGAAGCAGCAUGGAGUUUCUGAGCCACAGUCAGGCCCAGAGGAGGGGCUUUGUUGAAUGAGAAGGGGGAGAGAGUGAGAGAGAAAAAGCCUGAGGAAGGUAAAGGGGGCACUUUGCCGCCUAGCUGCCUGGUACAGGAGCAACCUGAGCGGCAGCAGCGCUGGUGAGAAUGCCACCGGCGUGUCGUUACAUGGCACAAUCUGGCCUCCAUGCGAAAACUGCUCUUGGCCGGGAACUGUGGGAGUUCAACUGAGCCGUUGGAAUACAUUGUCUCCAUCUGGGCGCACUAUCCCAUCGCCGGCGUUAACAAGGAAGGAAUUCCUCUAUCGCAGCUCCCACAACAAAGAAGAAAGGGAGAGGAGCAGAGCUGGUGGGAGGAGAAGUGAAGUGAAGGGAGGGGAGGGGAGAGGAGGACAUUGUUUGUCUGUGACUGUGGGCAACGGAAAAGCAUGAGUUAUCAGGGCAUGUGAGAGUGUGUUUAGAAAGUGUGUUUGUAUGCGAGCAUGUGUGAAUGAGUGGACUUGAUUGAGUGCGCGUAGGAGGGAGUAUGCAUGUGUGUGAGGAGGCUUCAGUUUGGGAUGUUGGAGCUGGGAGGCCGUUCAAAGGAUGCUCAAACAAAGCUGGAUUUUUUUUUCUCUCUCUCCUUUUUGAAUGGUGAUUGAGGACUAGCUGGAUUCCUUUACUCAUGCUGUUGGGCCCAACUCUGCUCCAGGGUAGCUGAAGGAUCUUCUGCAUGCAUGGCCAAGGGGCCUUACCUCACCUGUUACCUCACUAGCCUCUGGGCUGAAGGAUUAUGGGAAACCUCAUCAGCCGGCCCAGCUGCCUGGGCCAAAAGUCCAAACAUGUGAGGUCAGAUGAGGACUUCCUAAAGGAGUGCUACCAGCGACGAAGAGAGUGGCAGCCCCCAGAGCAACAUGGAGAGGCCAAAAGAGAAGAGACUUUCAAAGACAAAGCCAGGGAGGAUACGGACAAGGGAAAAGAGGUGGAGAGAGACAAAGAAACAGAGGAAAUUGAUCAUAAGAGGGAACAGGGGACUCAUACUCCUAUUUCGGAUAAACCCCUCCACAGCUCUCCUGCCUCGACAAUCAGGAGUACCAGUACUCUGGAAAACGCCUGGCACAGCAGCCCAUCUCCAAUAAAAACAUCCCGAAAUGGGACACUAACAAGGAGGACAGUGCCUCCAGAGUUUGCUAGAUCCCCUCUUGCUCAGUCAGACAGGAGUUCUGCAGAGAGGAGGGCCAGCUUCCAGAGGAGAGACUCUAGAGAAGGAAGCCCCUGGUCCUGGAAGACUGUGGCAUCACGGGAGGUUACAGAGGUCACAGAGGUGACGGAGACGACCGUAACAGAAAUUGUGGAAGUGACAGAGUAUCCAUCGGGAGAUAAAGGAGGAGUCCCCAUAGUUACGAGAACCGUUAGAGUCCUGAAUGGGGUCGCAGAGGAACUUGCUGAGCUCCAAAGUGAUGGACAUUCCAGCUCAGACCAAGAUUCCAGCGUGGAUAGAUGGGGGGGAGCAAGAUCUGUUUUGGCACUGAGGGAUGUGUCUACAGACUCUGAAACAUUUCUCAAAAACCUGGAAGCUUUGCUCACAUGGGUCAGCGAGAUAGAAGAUCUCACAGCCAGUCAGAAACCUCCGUCCUCAGAGGUCAAAGUGGUGAAAGCACAGCUCCAAGAACAAAAGCUGUUGCAGCGCCUCCUCACAGACCGAAGACGUAGUAUGGACUCCAUGAUGUUAGAGGGUCCUCGGCUGGUGGAGGCCCACCCAGGAGAGGAGGGGGAGCAGGCAAAGGUCAAGCUCUCAACCCUCAAACAGAAGUGGGAGGCCUUACAGCUGGAGGCAGAGCAGAGGAGGGCAAGUCUGGAACUCAUUCUGCCCAGGGCAAAGCUGUUCCAGGAGGGAGUAGACAGCUUGCAGCAAUGGUUCAUAUCUGUGGAACAGACUCUAGCUGAACUACGAAGUGCAGAGAGAGUGAUGCUGCACCUCUCAGAGGCAACAGAUCGAGCCAAGGCUGUUGUUGAAGAGAUUCAAGUCAAAACUGCUGAACUAGGGGGAAUACAGAAGUCAGGUCAUGAUCUAAUGGAAGCAAUUUCAGAGGAGGAGGCCCAGCUGGUCCAGGAGAAGGUGGACGCGCUGCGUAUCCGUUGCUCUGUGCUGAGUCUGAGCAGUCUGGACGUGCUGCAGAGGCUGGAGCAAGCUCUAGAGGCCUCCAGUCGUUGCACCUCCAGCCAGGAGGACCUCCACCUGUGGCUGAGUCGUAUAGAGAGGGAGCUCUUAGGGGCCACCGGAGCACAGACACAUGCUGGAGAUGCAGUACUGUGUGCAGCUGAGAGACAGAGGCUGGAACAGGCAGUGGUAAAGGAGAUGGCUUGGUUCAAAGACACAGCGCUCAGUCUUGAAAAGCUGAAAACCAUUAAUCUGGAGCCAGACUUGAUAGCAGAGCAACUCUAUGAGCAGAAGAUCUUAGCAGUGGAGAUUCUGCAACACAGGUUCAACAUUGAGAAGAUGGUGAAGAUUGCUGAAAUCUUGAUGACAUACAGUGAUGAAGGAGACACUGGCGAUCUUCGGACACCAAUAGAGGCCUUACAGGAACAAUGCAACACCACCUCAGCCACAAAUGCCCACGUGGUCCUGCAGCUUGAACAUGCCCAGUCGCUUCUUCUCCAGUUCUCCGAAGGCCUUGCUGAGGUUUCACCUUGGCUUGCAGAAACUCAAACCCUCAUUGGCCAGCUCUCCCUGAGCACAAUUAGCUAUGAAGCAUUUCGGGAACAACAGGACCUCUUACAGGGUCUGAGGGAGUCCAUAGCAGAACACAAACCACUGAUUGCACGCUUAUGCUCUCUGGCAAAACGUUUGUCAGAACUAAACCCCAUUCAAGGGGACCAGUUCUGUCGCAAGGCCACAGAGGCCGAGGAGCAGCACAGAGCCAUCAGAGACCGGGUCAGAGAGACUGCCAAUCUACUCGAGGAGUCCUUGCCUCGAUUUACACAGUUGAAUGAGCGGAUGACUCUUAUCAAAGAGAGUCUUGAUCGCCUCCGCAGUCGCAUACAGACGCCCACCUCACUUCAAGGUCUCACUCCAAGGAUACAGGAGCAGCUGCAGGACAACAAGCAAACCCUGACUGAGUUGUCCAAGCUGGAGCUGGGCCUCACCGGUGUCAAAACACAGGCAGAUGAACUGCUGACUAACACUCAGGCAGCUGGGGAUGGAUCCAUCGGAACAGCAAUUCAGGAGCGAGUGUCCAGCCUGUCUCUGCUGUGGGAUGAGACACACAAUCAGGCCAAGGAGAGGGAAACCUGGUUACUCAAGCUCUUGGAUCUUGCCAUGAAGUUCUGGAGUGAUGUCAGCGAUGUCUCGACGGCUCUCAGUGACGCUCAGCAGGCAGUUGUGGAUCUCAAUGCUAGUCGGACAGACUCUGAAACAAUCCGCCAGAGCCUUGAAACCAUGCAGACUCUCAGGGAGGAUAUAGACAGUUUGCAGGGAGAUCUGGACACCCUUGGCGUUCUGGGAAUGGAUUUGAUGUCAGCAUGUGGGGAUACAGACAAACCAGAUGUCACUAAGUGCCUAGAUGAACUCUAUUGCACGUGGAACAACUUGAGCAAACUGUGGAACGAAUGUCACAAAAAGCUGGAGGAGUCCUUGCAGAUGGCACUUCAUUAUCAAGACACCAUGCAGGGUCUGUUUGAGUGGUUGAAGUCAGCUGAGUUGAGGUCGACAGAGGAGUUCAUGGUAGGAACUGACCUGGAAUCAGUCAAAGAGCAGCUAUGUGAUCUAAAGGAAUUUAAGCGUGAACUUUACCAGAAGAAGAUCGAGAUAGAAAGCCUGAACCAUCGCUUUGUGUGCCGGCUGUCUCCAGGCUCAGAGCGUCCAGGCUCAGUAUCACCGCUGUGUGACUUCAGACAGCGUUGGGACAGUCUGGAGUCAGAAACUGUCAACAGACAGCAUCAGUUGGAGUGUGCUCUGUUGGGUCUGGGUCAGUUCCAAAAUACACUGGAUGAGCUGCACACAUGGCUUUCCCGGACCGCUGAACAACUGCAGGGCGGCCAGCCAAUCAGCAUUGACCUGCAGGCCUGCGAAAUAGAGCUGGCCAAACACAAGGUGUUGAGAAAUGAUGUCAUGUCCCACGUUCGUACUAUGGAGUCCCUCAACCAGGCAGGCAGGGGGCUGCUGGAGGUUGGGUCUGGAGACAGUCCACAUGGUCUGCAGUCUCGGCUCGAGCAUCUCAAUGAAAGCUGGGAGUUUGUCCGCUGUGAGACUGAACGUAGACAACUGGAAUUAGAGAACAGACUGAGUCAGGUACAAGAUGUUACAAUGGAGAUUCAGGAUCUUUUACAGUGGCUGGAGAACACUGACCUGAGACUGUCCUCCUCCAAAACCAUGUGGGGCAUGCCAGAUUCUGCAAAUGAAAGGCUUCAUGCACACCUGGAGUUGUGCAAUGAGAUGGAGUCAAAGCUUCAUGCCUACACAGAUGUGAAGAAUGCCAUUUACAGGAUGCUGGAGGGCAGCAACGUUGUCCGAGGAUCGAGCACUGAGCACAGCUUAUCUAUUCUUGAGCAGAAAUGGGCAUCUGUGUACAGCAAAGUCCAAGAGCGAAAGGCUAAGCUUACUGAGGGACUGAGUCUGGCCAAGGAGUUCCACAGUAGCGUCCAGGAUAUUCUCACUAAGAUGAGCAAGUGUGAAGAGUCUAUCGGGUUUCUUCCUGCUCCCAGCUUUGUUCUAGACUCAGUUUGUACACAACUGCAAGAUCACAGAACACUGGUGAAUGAGGUGAACACUUAUGGUGAGAAGAAGGCCACAGUGGAGAACGCAGGCUGCAGACUAACAGAGCUGAGCAGGAAGGAAGACUGUGAUGUCAUUCAUAACUUGAUCAUGACCGUUCAGGAUCGAUAUAAAAAACUGCAGCAGAGAACUGCAGAAAGAGGCAGGAUGCUGGAGGAUGUUAAAAAGAAUGCUAAACAGUUUAAUGAAUCUUGGCGCCUCUUAGUGGACUGGAUGACUGAAGUGGAACAGACAUUAGACACACACAAGGAGAUUGCAGUGUCCCAUGAAGAGAUUAAGCAACAACUGACAGAACAGAAGGAGUUUCAGAAACUGCUGAGAUCAAAAAGGCCCAUGUAUGAGGCCACUCUAAAGAGCGGCCGCAGCCUCCACGAGAGAGCUCAGACCAGCCAUGAUAGGCAACAUGUGGAGAACCUAAUGGCCGAACUCAAAGACACAUGGGACACCAUCAGCGGCAAGUCUAUGGAGAGACAACAUAAGCUGGAGGAAGCGCUGCUGUUCUCUGGAAGGUUCACUGAUGCUUUGCAGGCGCUGAAUGAUUGGCUGUAUCGAGCAGAGCCCCAGCUAGCUGAAGAUGUUCCUGUCGGUGGAGACAAAGACAUAGUCAACAAUCUCAUAGACAAGCACAAGGCCUUCCAGAAGGAGUUGGGAAAGCGGGCAGGAUGCAUUAGGACCCUGAAGCGCUCUGUGAGGGAUCUGACCAGGAGCAGCACGGCUGACGCUCACUGGCUGCAGGAGCAGAUGGAUGAGCUGGAGGGCCGCUGGGAGGCUGUGUGCAAGCUGUCAGUCAGCAAGCAGGACAGGCUGGAGGCUGCCCUUCAGCAGGCUGAGAAGUUUGAUGGGCUUGUGCACACUUUUAUGGAGCGACUCACUGAGGCAGAGAGAAUACUUAAAUAUGGGGUCAUACCAGAAGAGGAGGAAGGUCUGCUUACCUUCCGCAAACAACACGAGGAGUCACUAGGUGCCUUGCAGGCUCAGGCAGUGGACUUAGAGAGCAUCCAGUGUCUGGGUGAGGAGAUCCUGGGCUCCUGUCACCCAGACUCUAUAAUCACCCUCAAAUCUUGGAUCAGUGUCACUAAGACCCGCUAUGAGGAGGUUCAGACCUGGGCCCAGCAGCAGGGCCAGAAGAUCCAGGCCAGCUUGGCAGCAAUAGAGGCAGAGAGAGAGGAAGUCCAGAGACUGCUGGACUGGAUCUCCUCAGCAGAGGAAGCCCUCAACUUCCGAGACCAAGAGCCCCUGCCUGACACCACGGAGCAACACCAAGAACUUAUCGAGCAGCACAGCGUCUUCAUGGACGAGUUGAAUAAAAAGUUUGCAGAGGUUGAACAUGCCACAAAAACCUGCAAACACAAGAGCAUUUCGAAGCAGCAAGUUUCCCCCAGGAAACGGCCGCUAACGAAGAGGAGGAGCACUCUGAAGCUGCAGCCCGCUGUGCCGCUUCCCCUGGAGCACCUCGACCCCCAGACCCCACAGCUCAGUCAGCUGGUCAGUCAGUGGCAGAAACUUUGGCUCCUGGCGACGGCGAGACAAAACCGCUUGGAACAACAUCUGCAAAUGCUCAAAGAGAUGGAAGAAUUUGCAAACUUCGACUUCAACAUUUGGCGAAAGCGGUACAUACAGUGGAUUAGUCAUUUGAAGUCUCGGAUCUUGGACGUAUUCCGCAGCAUCGACCGGGACCAGGAUGGACGGAUCAGCCAGAAAGAGUUCAUCGAUUAUGUCCUCGCCUCUAAAUUUCCAACCAACUCUCUGGAGAUGAACGCUGUGGCAAACAUCUUCGACCUGAACAGCGACGGCUUCAUUGACUACUAUGAAUUUGUGAGCGCCCUCCAUCCCAGCAGAGAUCCCUACAGGAAAACACUGGAUGCAGAUCAGAUCAAUGAAGAGGUGAGUCGACAGGUAUCGCAGUGCAACUGUCCCAAGAGGUUCCAAGUGGAGCAAAUAAGUGCCAACAGAUACAGAUUUGGAGAUUCUCAACAGUUGCGGAUGGUUCGAAUCCUGCGUAGCACAUUGAUGGUCCGAGUCGGAGGAGGAUGGACUGCUCUCGAUGAGUUCCUGGUCAAGAAUGACCCCUGCAGAGUAAAGGGCCGGACCAACCUGAAGAUCAAAGAGAAGUACUUGUCGCCUGCAGGAAGCACUUCUAAGGGUUUGACUGUCAGCAGGUCCAACUCAAGUCUCAGCCUCUACAGCAGUGCCUCCGCCCCCACCAGCCCCAUGACACGAAAGGCGUUACUCCGCAGGAGUUACUCAGGUGACCGUUGUAUCCGUCCCAGGAGUUCCAUAGCUGCUUUGGGCUCUGAUCUACAGUUUACCACAGCAGGGGAGGACAACUCCUGCUCUCCAUCAGAUGAAGCUGAGAGGUUGCCCACAUGAUUACCUCUGCCUCUGAGCACCAUAUGUAUGCUGCAGCGCUCAACCCAAACACAGCCUCGGAGCCCCGGAGCAGAGUGACAAGCAGAAGUAAAGUGACAGAGGGGCCGAAAAACAAUGCAAUCUAUCACAUCUGAUCAGCUGAACCUGAAGGAAAUGUACAGAAAAGGCCACGAGGGGUGAUGCUGAAGGAUGCUGAAGUAGCUUUGAGAAAUCUGUGAAGAUAAUGUCUGUGUAAACAAAUGAAGGGUCAGUCCAGACAGAACACAAUGAGUUUUUUUGUCCCCUCUUCAAUUUCAUACAUUAGUAUCUGAUUAUGUAGAGUAAAGGGAGUUCUGCAUGGAUACUUACUGCAUGGUAGCCAGAGCCUUGCUUAUAUCAGAUUUGCUUUUAUCAAAGCUUGCUUCUUUUAUGGUUAUAAAGUCAGACAGUACCAGAACCUGGCAGUGAUGUUCUGUCAGUAGUGUGACAUAACUGAUUUAAGAGUGACAUACACUUACAGAUUGCAUGUGAAGGUAUUGUGCUGUCUGACUGUCCAAUCGAACGUCCAAAAAAACACCCAUAUACCAAAACCAGAACUAUGUUAAGGGUACAGUAUGCUGUCCUUCAGCUUUGUGAUUUUUUUUUUUAUUUCACUCCAUGAAGAUAAUAUUGUUGGCAGGGCCACAUUGUUUUGUCGUUUACCUUUUUUUUGACACCAUGUUUUCAAGUAAUGUAUUUGAUUUUUUAUUGUAAGGAUGUUUUAAACACUGGAGAUUGCGUGAUGAACAAUGCACUGAAGCACGACAGGCCAUUGUUGAUUUGUAGAGAUUAUUUUCUCAGGACUGGUUUUGCCUUUGGAUAUAUGUAUUUCUAUGGAACAUUACUGUGAACAUGUAGAUGUGUUGUUUUCUUAGUAACACUGAACUUCCUAGCAAAGUUUCGUUUAGCACAUUCUUUUCAUAAAGAUGCACUUUUCUGUGUCCAACUACUGUAGAUAUGCUGUUUUGCUGUUAACUGGGAAAUUUGGCAGUUGUUACAAGUAAGAGAAGUAAUUUUAAAACACAAACUAUCAUUUUUGUUUGUGUUUUAUUAAAAUGAAGAAUUUUUACAACUGAGGUAAUGCAAAUGCAGUGGAGGUGAUACGGUGUGGUUGAACAGAGUGGUAGUAAAUCUUUUAUUUUUCUUCCUUUCAUACAGAUUUUUUUCUGAUCGUGUAACAUGACUCAUGAUUCUGAACAUAUCAAUAUGCAUUUUUUCAGCAAGACAUACAUUUCUCUUGUCAAAGAUGCAACUGCAGGUCUACUAUCUACUGCACAGGCUGUUCAGUGUUGCACUGUGCCUGGCUUUUACUCUGUGGUUUCAUUAUAAACCAGUCAGUACUUCACAAUGUGUUAUCAACAGUGUUACUGCUGUAUUUGUUAUAGGUGUCCCUUUGUACGUCGAUUUGAGGUUGAAGACAGUAACUUCUUGCAUUUGGUCUAUGCAGUUGUCAGAGUUUUUAAGAGUCAAAAGCAUUUUUUACAUGAUGAAGUACCUUUUUGUCUUCGCCUAAUGUUUGGAGAAGGUUGAUAAUUUACUGUACUGUAAAAAUACAACAGCCAGAUUUCACUUCUACUGCUAUGCACCCUUAUCUUUCUGUACUGUAAAUGUUUCUAUACCCAGCACUCAUUCUGACGACUAAUUUAGGGAAAGUGUAGAUGAAUGUCACUAAUAAUUUUACGUCCACUUGUAAAAACAAAUAAAUCAUUUUGUAAUAAAACCUCA